GAAUGUGAAUUCAUAUUGAAAUAAAGAAUUAUUAUCCAAAUAAUAAAAUAGAAAAACGACGAUUAUAUAUAAUUGGGCCGUCGGAUCUAAAUAAUUUGUUUGAUUGCUUCAGCAAACUCUCCUUUUCAGUUUUUGCACUCAGAUCGUGCUAUCCAGAACAGAACAGAACAGAACAGAACAACACCAAAGAAAGUACAAGUGUCAAAGACCAACAUAAAAUUUACUGUUUUGCUACUGAAACCUUUUUGUUUUUUCUCCCUCUGGUUAUCCAAUUUAUAGUCUCAUUGAUUUCGCAGAAGACAAUAAAGAUUUGUAACUGAUCAUCGCUCUUCUGGAGUCUGAAUUAGAGGAAUAAUUUGGCGACAAGAAGAAGCAGCUCCCAGGCAACAAAGCCAUGGAUGAGGAGGUCCCAGGCUCUCUAGGCACCACCUCUGGAUUGUCCUUGAGAUUGUUGCAGAUGAUCUCUUCCUUCACGUCUCUUCUCUUCAUGUCUUUGGGUGUUGAGUUCUACAGCUACACUGCUUUUUGCUUCUUGGUAACGAUCAUGGGCUUGGUUAUUCCAUGGAGUUUCACUCUGGCACUGGUAGAUGGUUACUCUGUUCUCAUCAAAUGCCCUGUUCGUCAACGUGCAAUAUUGCUGAUAAUUGUUACAGGAGAUUGGGUUCUAUCAGUUCUCGCGCUGGCUGCAGCAUCCUCAGCAGCUAGUGUUGUGGAUUUCCUCCGCUCAGACCAGCCCUCUUGCCUUCCCAAGUUUUGCAGUAGAUAUCUACUUUCUGCAGCCAUGGCUUUUUUGACUUGGUUUCUGUCUCUAAUCUCAGCUCUUUUCAAUAUCUGGUUACUUCCCUCUUUAUGAGUCCCAUUUGCAUAAAAAAGGCACACAAAACUAUGCUCUUUUUUUUUUUUCUGACAAAAUUAUGCUUGAUUCAAGAACUUGUCAUUAGCAUUCAA